AUGGGGAAUUAUUUUGUUAUCUCUCUUGUUAGCAUGCUAUGCUCAUGCAUUCCAUGGCUGGCCACAGCUUAUUCCACAAACCUCACUGAUCAAUCCGCUCUGCUAGCCUUCAAAGCUCGGAUCUUGCUGUUUGAUCCCGAUAACAUCUUGGGUGAUAACUGGACUACCAACUCCUCCUUCUGUGAUUGGAUAGGCGUUUCUUGCAGCCAUCGCAGGCAAAGAGUCACCGCCUUAACACUUGCCAACAUGGGCAUCGGAGGCACCAUUGAGCCGCAACUCUGCAACCUCUCCUUCCUUGCAGAACUCGACCUCAGCAACAACAGUUUCCAUGGACACUUGCCCAAUGGACUUGGACGGUUAGCUCGAUUGAAACGAAUCGACUUGUCCAGGAAUCAGUUAGAUGGAAUGAUUCCACCCAGCUUGUCAAACUGCCGGAAACUUGAAGAAAUUUCACUCUCAGUCAACCAGUUCACUGGUGGUGUCCCAAGCGAGCUUGGAAUGUUGCCUAAUCUCCGUGUCUUAGCCAUUGUAAAUAAUAGUCUCAAUGGCACUAUCCCACCUUCCAUCGGCAACUUAUCCUUGCUACAAGUGCUCUCAUUUUACAGCAACAGCCUACAAGGAAGCAUUCCAUUGGAGAUUGGAGAUCUUCAUAACUUGCGACAAUUACUUCUGCAUGAAAACCAUCUAACAGGUACCAUUCCUUCCACCUUAUUCAACAUCUCUACUCUGCAGUAUUUGUCUCUCACAAGCAACAGCAUAUCUGGUAGUCUUCCAGUGAAUAUUGGGUAUAGCUUUCCGAACCUGAGAGGGCUUUAUCUUGGCAUGAAUCAACUCAGUGGCCAAAUUCCGUCGAGUUUAUGUCAGUGUGGAAGGCUUGAAGAUCUAGGAUUAUAUAUCAACAACUUCACUGGAAGCCUACCUAGAGAAAUUGGGAAUUUGUCCAACCUUAGGCGCUUCUCUGGCUACAUGAAUUUCUUGACGGGUACCAUUCCUCCAUCCAUAGGAAACCUUUCAAAUCUUGUUAUAGUUGAGUUGAGUCAAAACUACAUGGUUGGUGAAAUUCCACAAGAAUUGGGUUACCUUCAAAAUCUCCAAAUGGUGAACUUUCACAUGAAUUAUCUUACGGGAUCAAUACCACAAGAGAUUUUUAAUGUUUCAACUCUUGAAUUGGUUGGCCUAGAUGAUAAUGGCCUGUCUGGGCAUCUUCCUUCAAAUGUGGGAAAUCUUUACCGACUUGAAGAAUUGUACCUACGUAAUAACAGCCUUAGCGGACCAAUUCCUGCUUCAAUCACAAAUGCUUCCCUGUUAACUUAUCUGGACCUGGCUAUGAAUUCCUUCAGUGGAUCAGUGCCGACAUCGUUGGGGAAUCUGCAACAACUCCAGUUUCUCAACUUAGUGGGUAACCAACUAACUAAUCAACCAAACACUCCAGAACUUGUGUUUCUCAGUUCAUUAACAAAUUGUAGGUUCUUAGAGCAUUUGAAUAUAGGGAUAAACCAGCUGAAUGGAAUCCUUCCCGAUUCUAUUGGGAAUUUAUCAACUUCUCUUAGCAUAUUUGUGGCAGAAGGGUGCCAAAUUAGGGGAAGUAUUCCUAGAGAAAUUGGUAAUUUGAGCAAUUUAAUCGCUUUAGGUUUUGAUUACAAUGAUAUCAGUGGGACCAUUCCAUCAACGAUAAAAGGGUUAAAGAAGCUUCAAAGGUUGCAUCUUGAAGGAAAUAACCUAAAAGGAUCCAUACCAAAUGAGAUCUGUUCUCUGACACAAUUGGGUGAACUGGACCUCUUCGAUAAUAAGCUCUCUGGACAAAUACCAAAAUGCAUAGGGAAUCUCCGUCAGCUACAAGAGCUCUCCAUAUCGUCCAAUAUGUUAACAUCUCCAAUGCCUUUCAGCCUAUGGACUAUUCCAAAUCUCUUAAUUUUGAACUUGUCAGAUAAUUCUUUGCAUGAGAAUCUUCCUGCAGCAGUGGGAAACAUGAAGACCUUAGUGCAACUGGAUAUAUCUGGGAAUCGGUUCUUUGGUAGCAUUCCUGGUACCAUUGGUAAUAUCCAAAGGCUAAAUCAUUUGAGCUUUUCACAAAAUUCGUUUCAAGGUCCUCUUCCAGAAUCAUUGGGUAAUUUGGUGAGUUUGGAGUACCUGGAUCUCUCUUUUAAUAAUCUAUCAGGCAACAUUGCCAAGUCCAUGGAGAAACUUUUGCUUCUCAGUUAUCUGAAUCUAUCACAUAAUAGGCUUGAAGGAGAAAUUCCUAGUGGAGGGCCAUUUUCCAACUUUACGUCAGAAUCUUUCCUAGGGAAUGAAGCGCUUUGUGGUUCAUCAAAAUUUAAAGUCCCAACCUGUACCGUUCAUUUUGCAGGAAAAGGAAAGACAAAAUUUCGUAUGCUUAAAUUUGUUCUUCCUACCAUUGUUUCCUCUGCAAUCAUUUUUGCUCUCUUGUUUCUGCUGUUGAAACGUCGAAUGAAAAGGAAGAAUGAUAUUCCCCCAAAUGUUGAUCCAUUGCAUGCAAUAGAGCAUAGAACGAUUUCCUACUAUGAGCUACUACAAGCAACAAACAACUUCCAUCAUGAAAACUUACUUGGAACAGGGAGUUUCAGUUCAGUUUACAAAGCUACAUUGUCUGAUGGAGUCAUUGUUGCUGUGAAAGUUUUGGAUCUGCAACUUGAGGGAGCAAUUAAAAGUUUUGAUGCUGAAUGCCAGGUGUUGCGUAAUGUUCGGCAUAGAAAUCUAGUCAAAGUAAUCAGCAGUUGUUCCAAUCUUGAUUUUAGAGCUUUGAUCAUGGAAUAUAUGCCACAGGGGAGCCUUGAAAAAUGGCUUUAUAGCCAGAACUAUUUCUUGAAUCUCCACCAAAGAAUAAAUAUCAUGAUUGACAUUGCCUCAGCAUUGGAGUAUCUACACCAUAACCUAACAGAGCUUGUGGUGCAUUGUGAUCUAAAGCCCAGUAAUGUCCUCCUUGAUGAAGACAUGGUAGCUCAUGUGGGUGACUUUGGCAUUGCAAAGAUCUUAAGUGCAAAUGAUCAAUCUAUAGCACAAACGAAGACCUUGGGAAGCAUAGGAUACGUAGCACCUGGCAUGGUUAUAGAAUAUGGGUCUGAAGGAAGAGUUUCAACAAGCUGUGAUGUUUAUAGCUAUGGGAUCAUGUUGAUGGAGAUGUUUACAGGAAAGAAGCCUUUAGAUGAAAUGUUUGUUGGAGAAUUAAGUCUAAGAAAAUGGGUACAUAUGUCUCUCCCAAAUAAAGUAAUGAAAGUAGUUGACAAAAAUCUUAUUAGUAGAGAAGAAAAUAAUGAUUCACCUACGAGACAACAAAGUUUUGUCUCCAUCAUGGAAUUAUGUUUGGAUUGUUCAAGAAAAUUGCCUGAAGAUAGGAUUACCAUGAAAGAAGUUGCCACAAGACUUCAUAAGAUCAAAAAGCAGUUCUUGUUGACUUGA